AUGCUGCGAUACUGGGGUGAGAUUCCGGUUUCGUCUAACCAGGCCAACCGCAGCUCCUUUGACCUGCUUCAGCGGGAGUUUCGUACUGUGGAAGUCCAAGAUCCUCCGUUGCAUCAGCCAUCUGCAAAUAAACCCCGGCCGACCACGAUGCUGGACAUCCCAUCAGAGCCCUGCAGCCUCACGAUCCACACAAUUCAGCUCAUCCAGCACAACAGGCGGCUGCGCAGCCUGAUCGCCAUGGCUCAGGCCCAAAACCAGCAGCAAGCAGAGGGCAUAAAAACCGAAGACAACGAACCUCUGCCAUCUCGUCCAGCCUCUCCGCCUCUUCCUGAUGACCUGCUUCCUCUGGAUAGCAAGACCCCCAAAAUGCCAUUUCAGCUGAGGCACAGUGACCCCGAGAGUGAUUUCUACAGAGGAAAAGGGGAGCCAGUGACUGAGCUGAGUUGGUCCUCCUGCCGACAGCUUCUCUACCAGUCAAUGGCCACCAUCUUGGCUCACACAGGCUUUGAGUGUGCCAGCGAGAGCGUCCUGGAGACCCUGACAGACAUUGCCCACGAGUACUGCUUGAAGUUCACCAAACUGCUGCGGUUUGCUGUGGAUCGCGAGGCUCGACUUGGGCACACCCCUUUUCCUGAUGUCAUGGAGCAGGUCUUCCACGAAGUGGGCAUUGGCAGUGUGCUUUCUCUGCAGAAGUUCUGGCAACACCGCAUUAAGGACUACCACAGCUACAUGCUCCAGGUUAGCAAGCAGCUUUCUGAAGAGUAUGAGAAGAUUGUCAACCCUGAAAAGGCAGCAGAAGACACAAAGCCUGUGAAGAUUAAGGAGGAACCUGUUAGUGAUAUUACUUUCCCCAUAAGUGAGGAGCUGGAAGGAGAUCUGGCUUCUGGUGACCAGUCUUUGCCUGUUGGAGUCCUUGGAGCUCAAAGCGAGCGCUUCUCUGCCAACUUGGAAGUAGAAGCUUCCCCCCAGACUUCAGGGGCUGAGGUGAAUGCUUCCCCGCUCUGGAACUUGGCACAGGUAAAAAUGGAGCCACAGGAAAAUGAGGAGGCCAAUGUACAUGGCCACGGGGUCCUAGGCAGCGAUGUCUUUGAGGAGCCAAUGUCAGGCAUGAGCGAAGCUGGGAUGCCACAGAGUCCCAAUGGCUCCGAGAGCAGUUAUGGUUCUCAUUCUGCUGACAGUCUGAUGGGAUCCUCGCCUGUCUUCAACCAGCGUUGCAAGAAAAAGAUGAAAAAGAUGUGAAAAGACAGUCUUGUUUAAUCCUAAUGGUAUGUAAUAGACUUGAAACAAACUAAGAGAGCACUGUCAUGGCUAUGAUUCAUAAACAGGGCUGGCCCUGGUGUAUGAGGGACCUUCCGUAGAAUGAUUACAGGACAUCUGAUGUAUAGUGCACUUCAAUUCCCCUCUCUGCUGGCUUCUGUGCUCCAUCCUGACUCAUGAGAUUGGUGAU